GGUGGAGGACGGGACGGUGCUGUGCUGAGUCAUGGCGGGCACGCGGCGCUCGGGGAGGGACGUGGCCCGGGCUGCUCUGUGCCCGCGCUGGGAAGACGUCCGGAAUUCCAGAGGAGCUACUUCUCUGUUGAAGGAUUGCAUCCCAAUUACUGAAUUUUCACCUGCUGGACCUACAGGAAGUCAUGAUCUUCUACGUAGAGGCUUUACAAGUGUGAAAAAUGAAUUGUUACCCAGUCACCCACUGGAGCUGUCAGAAAAAAAUUUCCAGUUAAAUCAAGAUAAAACAAACUUUGCUACACUGAGAAAUAUUCAAGGACUCCAUGCUCCUUUAAAGCUACAGAUGGAAUUCAGAGCGGUGAAGCAGGUCCAGCGUCUACCAUUUCUUCACAGCUCAAACAUAGCACUGGAUACACUGAGGGGAAAUGAUGAAAGCAUUGGUUUUGAGGAUAUUCUUAAUGAUCCCUCACAGAGUGAGGUUAUGGGAGAGCCACACAUGAUGAUGGAAUACAAGCUUGGUUUAUUGUAACAAAAUGUACUCCAAGUCUGUUCUCCAUAAAAAUUUUUGUGCGUGUCUUUAUACUGAAGACUCAAAUGCAUGAUACUAUAUUGACACUCACAGUGUUAAACCUACAGAUCCUGUCCUGCAGAUAUCACUUGCCUUCCUUGAUGAAAAGGCACAUUAAAUGUUUAAAGUCUAUAAA